AUGAUGGCUGUGAGACGUUCAGUGCGCCUGAGCGCGGCCCCUAGCAGUAACCCGCUGUCAGCAAUCCAACAACCCAAGAUCAACAGAAGCCAACACAGUGGGAUUCGCAAGGCACAAAAGCGAACUGCCAAAGCAAAGAAAUCUCAAAAGGCCGCUGCUGGGCAAGUUCUGUCCGCAGAAGCUCUCCAGGUCGCAGAACCAACAGCGACACCACAAGCAGCAUCAGCAGCUACAACAGCAACAGACCCCAACGAUAACAUCUUUGACCCAUCACUAUCCACUGAUAGCACUCGCAGGAUCCAUGCCAACCCACCCCCUCUCGACCGUCCAGUCGAGCCACACAGAACGAAUGCAACCCUCCUCACGCCUCAUGGGUAUUCGCUGGUGGCCUACCCGCCCGGGACGGAGCAAGCCUCGCCCAGCAAGACGGGCCGGCCCCGUCCCACAGCCACGACAGGCACACUCCUCGAGAAAGCCGUCGCGCAUUUGAUAGCUACCGAUCCGCGCCUAAAGAGAGUCAUCGAGAAGCACCCGUGCCAUCUAUUCUCGCCCGAGGGCCUGGCGGAGGAGGUUGAUCCGUUCCGGAGCUUGGUUAGUAGUAUCAUCGGGCAGCAGGUUUCGGGGGCAGCGGCGAAGUCGAUUCGGGAUAAGUUCGUGGCACUUUUCAAUUCGAAUGAGACGGAUGUCAUUGCGCGAACGAAGCGGUUUCCCACGCCGGAGGAGAUUGUUCAAUAUGAUAUCGUUACGUUGCGGACGGCGGGUCUUUCCCAGCGGAAAGCCGAGUAUAUCCAGGGAUUGGCGCAGAAAUUUGCGGCUGGGGAAUUGAGUGCCGAGAUGCUGUUGAAUGCUAGUGACCAGGAGCUUAUGGAGAAACUGACUGCGGUCCGGGGAUUGGGGUUGUGGUCAGUUGAGAUGUUUGCUUGCUUCGCUUUAAAGCGCAUUGAUGUCUUUUCUACGGGUGAUUUGGGUGUUCAGAGAGGUUGCGCGGCAUUCAUGGGCCGAGACAUUAACAAGCUCAAGGCAAAAGGCGGCAGCGGUAAGUUCAAGUACAUGCCUGAGAAAGAGAUGCUGGAGCUGGCUGCCAAGUUUUCCCCAUAUAGGAGCCUUUUUAUGUGGUAUAUGUGGCGAGUGGAAGGCGUGGAUGUCGCCGUGUUGAAUGCUUGA